GGCUAUAUCUGCUGACCACACCGAGACCAGCAGCGGUGAGAAUGGCGAAAGCGGGAACAAAGCGGAGGAGCAAGCAACCUCUCCCACCUGCACAAGACAGUCCACUGAUGAAGAGAGUCAGAGGCCGCAGCCGGGCUGCAUAACUUGGACCCAGCUUCCUUCACCGAACCACCACUGA